UAAAAUGGCGGUGGCAGCAGCAGUCAAGGGCGCUGCGGGACGUUUCAUUCUUCGGGUUUCCCCCGACUGGUACUGCAGUUCCUGCCGAGCUCGCUCUACUGCUUCGCUGUCAUCCUCGCGAGUGCGUCAGACUUUCAUCCAAUUCUUCCAGGAGCGGUAUGGACAUCAAAGAGUACCAUCGGCAUCGGUACGGCCGCGCGGCGAUCUCGGACUGCUCUUCGUGAACGCGGGAAUGAACCAGUUCAAACCCAUUUUCCUGGGCACAGCAGAUCCUCGGAGUGAGCUGGCACGUUAUCGGCGCGUGGUGAACAGCCAGAAGUGUGUGCGCGCAGGUGGGAAGCACAACGAUUUGGAAGAUGUGGGUCGAGACGUCUAUCAUCAUACAUUCUUUGAAAUGCUGGGGAACUGGUCCUUUGGAGAUUACUUUAAAGAAGAAGCUUGUAAGAUGGCAUGGGAACUCCUAACAGAAGUCUAUGAAAUCCCAAAGGACCGUCUUUAUGUCACCUACUUUGGAGGAGAUGCUUCACUUGGCCUUAGUGCAGAUGAAGAGACCAAGGAGAUCUGGCUUAGCCUGGGUCUGCCCUCCAGUCAUGUGCUUCCCUUCGAGCUGAAGGAUAACUUCUGGGAAAUGGGUGAUACUGGCCCCUGCGGGCCCUGUUCAGAGAUCCACUAUGAUCACAACGGUGGUGGCAGGAAUGCAGCAGCCCUGGUGAACCAAGGCGAUCCCAGUGUGGUGGAGAUCUGGAAUCUGGUCUUCAUGCAGUACAACAGGGAGGCUGAUGGAAGGCUGCAGAAGCUGCCUCAGCAUCACGUUGACACAGGAAUGGGCCUGGAACGGUUGAUGACAGUCCUACAGAACAAGCGUUCCAAUUAUGACACAGACCUCUUCGCCCCUAUCCUGGAUGCCAUCCACAAGGGCUGUGGUGGGCCCGUCUAUCAGGGCUUGGUUGGAGAAGCUGAUGCUGCUGGUGUGAACAUGGCCUACCGAGUGGUGGCAGAUCACGUGCGCACCUUGUCUGUGUGCAUUGCCGAUGGUGUUUACCCAGGCAUGUCUGGUGCCGAGGUUGUUCUGCGUCAUAUCCUGCGUAGGGCUGUGCGAUUUUGCUCCGAGGUCCUCCAUGCUCCACCUGGAUUCCUGGCCAGUUUAGUUCCUGUUGUGGUAGAAAUCUUGGGGGAUGCAUAUCCAGAGCUGAGAAGGGAUGCAGACAAGGUUAUGAAUAUCAUCAAUGAGAAUGAAGCUGCUUUUCUGUCUUCUCUCUCCCGAGGGCGCAGUGUUAUUGACAAAACACUCCAACAAAUGGAACAUUCCAAAGUCUUUCCAGUGGAGGUCGCUUGGUCCUUGUAUAAUCACUUGGGAUUCCCCCUGGACCUCAUUGGCUUGAUGCUUGAAGAAAAGGGGGUCCAACUGGACAGCAUAGCUCUGGACCGUCUGAUUCAGGAAGAGGCUGAACGCAAAGCUCAGCCACAACAGGAGGACAAAACUACCAUGCAACUGGAUGUGCAUUCACUGGCCAAGUUGCAGCAGGAUGUUGUGCCUGUCACAGAUGACUCUCCCAAGUAUGCAUAUGAAAUUGGGCAAGGCGGGAAUUACGUGUUCAAGCCAUGCAAAGCUGCUGUCUUGAUGUUCUACAAAGAUGGCUCUCUCCUAAUGGAAGUUGGUGCAGGGCAGCGGUGUGGAGUCAUCCUGGAUAAGACCUGCUUCUAUGCUGAACAGGGUGGCCAGGUGUCUGACCGAGGCUACAUGAUGAGUGUGGAGCAGCAAGAUGUGCUUUUCCCUGUGGAGUCAGUCCACGUAUUUGGCGGUUACGUGGUCCAUGAAGUGAUAGCUUCUGAAAUUCUGAAGGCUGGGGAUCAAGUGCAGCUCUUUGUGGAUGAGGCCCAGAGGCUGGCAUGCAUGGUGAACCACACGGCCACCCACUUGCUCAGCUUUGCACUCCGUCAGGUCUUGGGAGAUGGCACAGAACAGCGGGGGUCCCGCGUGACUGCUGAGCAUCUGCGGUUCAGCUUCAGUACGCAGGCCCCUCUAACGAACCAAGAUCUACAGAACAUAGAAAAUGUGAUCCAGGAGGUGAUAAAAAGGAAUGAGAUUGUCUACACAAAAGAAGUGCCCGUCAAGCUGACAAAUGAUGUGCUAGGACUCCGGAAACUGGAUGAGCUGUAUCCAGAUCUGGUGCGAGUAGUAUCUGUAGGAGUUCCAGUGGAGAAGGUCCUGGCCCAGGAGUCGAAAGAUGCCAUGCAUACUUCUGUGGAGCUCUGCUGUGGAACGCACCUUCUGCGAACAGGAGCUGUACAUGAUUUCACGAUCAUCUCAGAGCGGCAGCCAGUUAAAGGGAUGAGCCAUAUUGUUGCACUGACAGGAGAGAAAGCCAAGCAAGCCCGAGAAGUUGCCCAGUCCCUUGCUAGAGAAGUGGACUCCCUCAAAAUGCGAGUGAAAGCGGGAGCGGCCUCUGUUGAUGAGGCACAGAGACUCUCUGGGGAUGUUGGCCGCCUAACGAAAAGAGUGGACAAUACUGCAAUGCCUCAGUGGCAGAAACGGGAACUGCAGGGCACUCUUAAAACUCUGCAACGAGCAGCCAACAAUGCAGUUAGAAAACUGGAAACGCAACUGGCUGCAGAGAAAGCUCACCACCUGCGAGCAAAGUAUAACAACCCAGCAGUCAUUGUGGAUACCAUCCCGGUCGAGACUCCUUCCAUAUUGAUGAAAGUGGUGAACCAACUGUGUAACAAAAUGCCAGAAGCUUCUGUGAUGUUGCUUAGUCCCCAAGCUUCUGGCCAGGUGUUGUGUGCUUGUCAGGUAUCCAAGAAUUCCUUGCCAGCAUUUUCUGCCGCUGACUGGGCCCUGGCUGUCUGUAAUGAAAUGGGAGGCGAUUCUGGUGGUUCUGAAGUUGUAGCCAAGGGCCGGGGGAGCACCAAUGACUUGCAAAGGGUCUUGAUAAAAGCUCUGGAAUAUGCAAAGAAUAAACUCUGAUCCCUGCAGAAGGACACUGAGAAUGGACAAAGAUUACUCUUGGGUUCUGCGCCUCUGGAGCACCUGUUGCAGUUUACUGCUAUAGUGGGUCCAUCUGUUCCAUCUCAGACUGCAGUUUCUCCUAGAAUAUCUGGGUGGCAAGACAGUACAAAUUGGCCUAAACUGUGUGGACAGACAGAGAAAGUGCAUGAAACCUAGUUUGUGCAUUUGAAGAUACUGGUGUGGAAAGAGCAAGACUGGUCACCCACCCAGUCCCAUAAGCAAAGAGGAGCAUCUUGGAUUCUGCUGCUUGUAUGGCUGAUGGGAAAGCCCCAGAGAGUAACGGGAUUAUGUAGUACUGUACUAUAACACCGAGCAAUAAAGAAUAAGAGAGAAUUAUCUCUGACCAUGGAGUUAUUUUUUAUGACCUAAAGAAACAAGGUGGGAGCGGCCCCAUGGCUUGCUGAGUUCAGUGGGGUUUAUUC